GGCUGGGGCUGCGGCUGAGGCUGCGGCUGCGUCAGCGUUGCCUAGAGAGAGAGAAAGGCAGACAGAGCCCCGGAGCCGGUGCAGCCACCCGGCGGUACCAGCUCCUCGGCGGGCUCUUUUUCCUCGCUGCCAUGAUCCAACUGCCCCUGCUGCCCCUUCUACAUUGCCUGGGCUGCAGCGCCUGGCUGCUGCUGCUGGCGGGGCCCAUAGCCUCGUCGGCCAGCCCAGCCGACGACAGCGCCAGGAGAGGGGACUCCUCAAGCUCGGGGAGCGACGAAGUGCAGCGCCAGCCGCACGAUUCGUCGUACGGCACCUUCGCCAGCGAGUUCUAUGACCUUCGCUACUUGUCCGAGGAGGGUUAUCCUUUCCCUACUGCUCCUCCUGUGGACCCAUUUGCCAAAAUCAAAGUGGAUGACUGUGGAAAGACUAAGGGGUGCUUUAGGUAUGGGAAACCAGGAUGUACUGCAGAAACCUGUGAUUAUUUCCUUAGUUACCGCAUGAUAGGAGCUGAUGUAGAAUUUGAACUAAGUGCUGACACUGAUGGCUGGGUGGCAGUUGGAUUUUCCUCAGACAAGAAAAUGGGUGGUGAUGAUGUCAUGGCCUGUGUUCACGAUGACAAUGGCAGAGUCCGCAUACAACACUUUUACAACGUUGGUCAGUGGGCCAAAGAGAUCCAGAGAAACCCUGCCAGGGAUGAAGAAGGCAUCUUUGAAAAUAAUCGUGUGACCUGUAGAUUUAAACGUCCCGUGAACGUUCCCAGAGAUGAAACAAUAGUGGAUCUUCAUUUGAGCUGGUAUUACUUAUUUGCUUGGGGACCAGCAAUUCAAGGAUCUAUAACUCGGCAUGACAUAGAUUCACCACCUACAUCAGAGCGUGUUGUCAGUAUUUACAAGUAUGAAGACAUUUUUAUGCCGUCGGCUGCUUAUCAAACCUUCUCCUCUCCAUUCUGCUUGCUUCUUAUUGUUGCGCUGACCUUUUACUUAUUGAUGGGAACCCCGUAACCACAGCAGCAAAGCCGAAAGAACAUCUUGUGGAUUCACUGGAAAUUCUUCAUUGUGGUGUGUUUUCUAGUAGAAUUCAAUAUAAUUGUUUCCUUUAAAAAAAAAUUUCAUUUUUAGCAACUAAAGUUGUCGGAAGAAAGUUCUAGCUUAUCUUCUGAGUAGAAGAGGUUUGUGGUAAUAAUAAUACAUUUAUAUAGCAUUUCUUUCUCAUCAAAGAACUUUCACAUACAUUAUCUCAUUUGUUCCUCACUAUAGCCCUGGGAGAUAUAUACAGCAAGGAUUUUAUCACCAUUUUACAAAUGAGGAAACUGAGACCCAGAGAAAUUGAAUAAGUUGCCCAUGGACAUAUAGCUAGUUCAUGAAAGAACCAAGAUUUGAAGCAAGGUCUUUGAACUAUUCUUUCUUAUUGGUUCCACAAAAGUUGAUUAAGAAUCAUCAGAGAAUAUACGAUAAAUUGCCAUGAAUUCACUAGACCAUUAGACCAAGGUUGACCUUUUAUACAAAAAGACUUCCAAAAGUCAGUGAAGAACGAGUGCUUUCAGCAUAAUGAUACUGAUAAUGAAAGGAAGAAAGGGGAUAUUACAAUGAGUUCUUAUGGGUCCAAAGCUGCUUCUGAAAAUAGGCCACUCUCCUAAAAUGAGUCUUUGAAAGGAAAAAAAGUAUAUAAAUGCAAAUUGAAUUUUUUUACAAGAUUAUCAUAUUGAAAAUUACUCCGAAAGUUUUUUUUUUACAUUUCUGUUAAUUCAAACAAUUGUUUUUAUCACUUUAACAUAUUUGAGGGGGAAAGUAUGGCUAAUAUUAAAAUCAAAAUAGGUUAUUAUUUCAUUUCCAGUUCCCCUUCUUAAUGGCAAAAAUCAAAAUGUUUUACAUUUAGCCCUUAGUGAGGCAACACAAAAAUGAAAUUAUAUUUUGGAUUAAAAAUACUAAUUUUGUAAGUUUGGAAUUUGAAAGAUCAUAUAAUUACUUUAAGAAACUAGAAUGUUUGUUUAUAAUUGUCUUUGAAUUGACCAAAACAGUAGUGAUUUGUGGAUCUAAAUGACCUUAUUGUCAAAGUCAGAACUCAUUUCAAGGGUGCCUAACAGAUUGAAGUAACUUAAAUAUGCAUUAUAAAAAGCAAACCAUCUUAAUAGUGUUUCAAGAUCCACUCAAGAAUAAUUUACAAUUAUAUCUUGGAAACUGUUACAUAAGAAAAACUUUAUUUUAGAUGAAUCAUCUUCUAUUUCAUCAGGAAGUAGAAAAAUUAAUGGUGAAAGGAACAUACCAAGAAUUAUUUCCAUUAAUUGCUUUGAAAACAUAUACUUGUGUACUAGACAGCCAAUAUAAUAAUAAUAAUAAUAAUAAUAAUAAUGCUUUGACUUUACUUCAUAUGUGAAUGAGAAGUAUCUGUGAUUUUGUCAGCAUGGAACUUCCUUCCAGGAAUUCCACCUGACAACAUGCAUCAUAGCCCACAACCAUCUAUGACUUGAGAUAAAUCCUAUAGAGCUGCCCAAGGCACAUAAAGUUUAAAUUACUUACCCAGGGUCAUACAGCUGGCAAGUGUCAGAGGAGAGUUUGAAACCAGGUCUUCCUGCCUCCCAACCUGUCAUUUCUACAACACUGUCUUCAUAUAUGAAUAUGGACAUAUAUAUAUUAAUAUCCCUAAGCACUUCCUGUAAUCUGUCCUGAUUCAGAUGCUUUGUACUGGUAAUUUUCAUUGUGGUAGUCACACUUCAUAUUAAUGAAGAUGCAGUUUACUGUCUUGACCAAGGCAAUUUAGCAGCAACCUUGGAAUUUAUGACACUGGCGAGAUCUUGCUAUGAUGAUUUCUUUACAGUUCUUCUGAUAACUAAAUUCCCUUUAAACUGAGUCCAAGAAGAACACCUAUUAUUACUUAAACUGUGGGCUAUAGGUUAUAAUAUGAAACUACAAUAUAUUUGGCCCCCUGUACCCUUUACAAAAAAGCAGAAUGUUUUUUAGGAAGAUUUUUCUGUUUUUUGUGUAGAUGAAUACCUGUAAUGUUGAGCUGUAUAAAUGUUACUACUAAUCUGUCUACAGUAGGGAAAAAUAAUUAGCAAUUCUUGAACUUUCCUCCCAUUUACAUUUCAAAGCAAUAAGCUAAUUGUUUCAUUGACAACUUCUGCUUUGCUUACAGGUCACUAGUGUGUAGAGUUAGGAUGUCACAAGUAUGUUUUUGUUUCUUACCUGUAAGCCCAUCUCAGCCAAAGCUUCAUAUGUUAACACCUGUAAUCAACUUAUAAAGCCACUAUUUAAACAAGCUAAUAGUUAGCUCUUGAUAUUAAAUCACCAACAAAAAGAUCAUUUAUGAAUUUACUAAAUGAUCUUUCCUACUUUGGAUUUUAGCAGGUAUUUGAAUGUCAUGAUUAUUCAGUGACAUGAAUUCACAACAUAGAGAUGCCAUGUAAUAACAGUUGAACAACCUCCUAAAUUUAAAGAUUCACUAAAGUAACUAUAUACAUUUCUGUGCCCUUAAAUAAUCAGUGCUUACUAAAUUAAAAGAACUAACCACUGAUAAAUGUAAAAACACACACAAUAUAUCUACACAUAUUUGAUAAGACCUUACUGGCCCCACUAACUAGAAUUCUCAAUUAAUAGGGUUUUUUUUUUCCAUCUAGCAACUCAGUUUAGGGAGAAAGUUGAAAAUGAAAGAAAAAUGAACUCAUAACCAGUAACGUCAAACCUACUUCCAGAUUGUUUCCUGAGGUUAACUUUGAUUCAAACCAUUAUCCUACAACAUUUAAAACUAUUAAAUCUAUUAAAACUAA